AUAAGCAUGCUAGCUGCGCUGAACUCAGCAGUUAAUUUAGCUUCCUUCUUUUUCCUUCUCGCCACUUUUUCCUUGUAAUUCGAUUCAGGGCAACCUUGAGUAGAAUUCUGAGGUGAGGUGUAUAGUGGAUGUCGGCAGUGGAUUUUUUUUUUUUUUUCGAGACGUAUCUCAACAAGUUUGCUCCUUACGAGGCCUCGUCAGCUGUGGGCCUCGUCAGGCAGCGUUCUUGAGAACUUCAUGUUUCAUUCAUUCACUCGAGCUUCUCCUCUGCCUUUCACAUGCUUUUUUCUUUCUUUGUUUACUACAGGCAUGUGGUAUCUCCAGCGAUUUGAACACACCGCAUCCCUGAAACAGAUGAUGCUCGUGGAUAGUCAAGACGUUCGUAAAACGUACCUCUACCGUCUCAGCCAGGACAAAUCCAUGACUAAUUUCAAGAACAUCUUGCUGCUCGGCUCAGCGGACGACUACAUCGUUCCGCUCCACUCAGCGCACAUCAAGUUGGCCAAGCACAUCGUCAGGGAUACCACACCCUUGGGCACCGCGUACCGGGAGAUGUUGCGCAACAUUCUGAAGCCGCUCAUCGACAAGCCGGACCUGAACCUCGUCCGGCUGGAGGUGCACGUGCCGUUCCGCAGCUCCCUCAUCUCCUCCAACGUGCACAUCGCACCGCUGGACUGCGAGAUACUCGUCCAGAAGAUUGCGCUUGUUGCAUGCGCAAGGCAUCUGCUAUGAGCCUGCCCCAAGCCCAAGCAGCUAACUCCCGCGCAGGUCCCCAAGCACCCCAACAACAGAAGCGCCCUCUGGUGCAGAGAUCCAGUCAUAUACGAACCACUCUGCGCACAGCCACUCUACCGUGAAAUGCACGAAUUGACCGUGCUGAAUGUGGCAGGCGAUGACGCAUGGAGUAGGCCCCACACCCAAUGAGGACUCGUUGCGUUGAUGCAUACAUGCACGACGCAUUUUACGGCAGCAUCAAUGAAUGCGUCUCGCGAAAGAGACCUUGUAUAGCGCAUGCUCGCUUGUGAACCUUCUGCGGCUGAUUAGUCGUUGCUGCGUAGACUAAUUGCGGUAUUUACCACCUCCUUGAUAUAAGCGUGUGCGUCUGCGGGGUAUGUGUGACGAAAUUAAACAAUUUUCCCUACGGGUAACUUUUAGACAGGACAACAGAUUACGUUUAGAAAUAAAAAUGUGACGGUCACGAGAUGUUUUGGGUCAUUGCCUUUCAACACAGAAAACAGAAGAAAAAAAAAGUUAUGCCAAAUCAGCACUGUCCUAUAUUCGGUAACCUACAUAAGAAUUCAAUAUAAGCUCCACCCACAAAACUUCAUCGCAUAUGCCUCAAGUGCUGCUUCUGCACUCCAAAACAUACUUCAAGAGCGACGGUAAUUUUGA